CCAGCUGAUGGAACUGACCCUUCCGGCCGAGUCCAAUUUAGACGAGAGCAAGGAAUCCAGCCGGCGCAGCGCGGCGACCAUGGGCGCUGCGACCCGCGAGGCUGCUUGAGAUGUAUGGCCGCUACACCAAGGACCUGGGAGAGUAUGCGCGCGAGGAAGCGAGAAAGCUGCAAGUGCUGGAGAAGAAGAGGAGGAAGGAAGACCGCGAGAGGAACAAGGAGUUGCACGAAUACCAGGGCAAGUGCAUCAGCAAGCUGAUGCUCGCGGCGGGCUACGUGUGGAGGCACACCUUCGCCAAGCUGGGCGAGGACUGGGUCUUCCUGGCUCUCCUGGGCAUCAUCAUGGCCUUCCUCAGCUUCUUCAUGGACCGCGGCAUCAACAUGUGCAACAGAGCUCGCAUCUGGCUGUACAAGGACUUGGCGUCAAGUCAUGUGGUGCUGCAGUACGUGGCGUGGAUAACGCUGCCCGUCUUCCUGAUCCUCUUCUCCGCGGGCUUCGUGCACGUCAUCGCCCCGCAGUCCAUAGGUUCCGGUAUUCCAGAGAUGAAGACUAUCCUGCGAGGCGUGGCCUUGAAGGAGUACCUCACAUUCCGCACCUUGGUGGCCAAGGUGGUGGGUCUGACGGCCACCCUGGGCAGCGGCAUGCCGCUGGGGAAAGAGGGGCCGCUGGUGCACAUCGCCAGCAUCGUGGCCACGCUGCUGUCCAAGCUCGUCACGUCCUUCCAGGGCAUCUACGAGAACGAGUCUCGCAACUGCGAGAUGCUGGCGGCCGCGUGUGCAGUGGGCGUGGCCAGCUGCUUCGCCGCUCCAAUCGGAGGCGUCCUAUUCAGCAUCGAGGUAACCACGGUGUACUUCGCAGUGAGGAACUACUGGCGAGGCUUCUUCGCUGCUGUGUGCGGAGCCACUGUGUUCCGUCUGCUCGCCGUCUGGAUACAGCAAGAAGAAACCGUCACUGCCAUGUUUAUGACUGACUUCACAAUGGACUUUCCUUAUGAUCCUCAGGAGCUGAUUGUGUUUGCAAUUAUUGGCUUGGUGUCCGGGCUUGGCGGGGCGAUGUACGUGUGGAUGCACCGCCAGUACGUUCUGUUUAUGCGGCGAAGCAAAAGAAUGACACGUUUCCUGCAAAAAAAUCGGUUCCUGUACCCUGGCAUCGUGGUGUUGGUUGUAGCAUCGGUGUCCUUCCCCAUGGGCCUGGGACAGUACAUGGCCGGUGACCUCAACUCUCACGACCAGGUUACUGGACUGUUCUCCAACUUCUCUUGGACGAAGAAAGAGUUGACUACGGAGGAGCUGGAAGUUGUCAAUCACUGGGUGACGCCGUACACUAAUGUCUUCGUCAGCCUUACAGGUUUUAUUAUUUUUAAUUUUGUAUUCUCCGUGAUUGGAUCAACAAUCCCAGUACCAUCAGGAAGUUUUAUUCCAGUGUUCAAAGUUGGAGCAGCUUUAGGGCGCAUUAUGGGAGAAGUGAUGAGUAUCUUGUUCCCAAGUGGCGUCAGUUACGGAGGAUCUAUAAAUCCCAUCAUACCAGGAGGAUAUGCGACUGUGGGUGCGUGUGCUUUUUCUGGAGCAGUCACACACACAAUUUCUGUUUCUGUCAUAGUGUUUGAGAUGACCGGUCAGAUAACCCACAUAAUUCCUAUUAUGAUCGCAGUUCUGAUAUCCAAUGCUGUGGCAGCUCUUCUACAGCCAUCAAUUUACGACAGUAUCAUACUCAUCAAGAAGUUGCCAUACUUGCCCGACCUCUUACCUUCAAGCUCAGGUAUCUAUAACGUAUACGUAGAAGACUUUAUGCUGCGAGAUAUCAAGUUCAUUUGGCAUGGAAUGACGUAUGGCCAACUGAGAGAUGUGCUUAAGGAAAACCGCAAUUUACGAGGUUUUCCAUUGGUGGACAGUCCAGGUUCCAUGAUCUUGCUGGGUUCUAUUCAAAGGAUAGAACUAAUCAAGCUGAUAGAACGCCACAUAGGAAGGGACCGGCGACUGCAAGUGGCUGCUCAAUGGCAGAAAGAAGCACAAGAAAGAGCCAAGGAAGAAACUGAGAAAAGGUUACAAGAAGAAUAUUAUCGUACUACGAGGAGACCUUCGAGAUUCGAAGUUAUACCAGCACCAGACAUCUUAAAACUUGAGCAGCGUUCUGCUUCUAACCUGCUCUCGCCCAACGACAUUGUGUUCAAUAGUACUCAGCCUCACUACAACCCCGUAUUCGGAAGUCAACCAAAAAAAUCCAUCCUGAAGAAGACAAACUCGUUCACGCUCCGAGGAUUUAGUCCAGCUUCGACUCCCAGUGUGACACCGUACACCACUGUCACAGGGGCAGAGAGCAGGAUACGCCUAGCAUUUGAAGCAAUCUUCAAGAAAUCAGCCACGUUGCAGGACGUAAACCCUGAUCCGGAGUCUGGGAUGGCGAUGGUUGAAAGGGACGAUGACAAGCUAAGUCACCAAUCAUCAAUCUCCAUGAGUCCACGAUUGUUCAAGAAAGUGCAGCUGCCUAGGGAACGUGUGAUCGACAUGUCCCCAGAAGACCAGAAGAAAUGGGAAGAAGAAGAAUUGGUGAAAGAGGUAGACUUUGAUAAGUGCCACAUCGAUCCUGCCCCGUUCCAACUUGUAGAAAGGACUUCUCUGCUAAAAGUUCACUCCCUCUUUUCUAUGGUGGGCGUUAACCAUGCCUACGUGACUGCAAUUGGCCGACUGGUUGGAGUUGUUGGCUUGAAAGAGCUGCGCAAAGCAAUUGAAGACUCGAAUGCGGGCAACAUACCAGCUCCUCAGACGCUGACCACACCCCUCAGCAACAAACUAGAAGUGCCGCUGAUAAACAGCACUUCAGGGUCUUCCGUGGACUCUGCGCUUGGCGCCAACACUGAUACCGAAGACGAAGAGAAUGACUCACGAAAGUGAAACAUGUGAUAUUCAAUUUUAGAAAAAUACUUUUUUAAAAUGAAACGUAUUCCAAAAAAAAAUCUUCUCGUACAAAAAACUCAAAGCAAAAAACAACUGGCUGGUUACAUUUUCUUCAUUGUUAUUUAUUAUGAAGAUGAUUUUAUUGUAAACAUUGUUAUUUAUACAUCAACAAUAUUUCAGUUAUUUGUUUAGUUUUAAAUGUGAAGUGAAUUGUUGAAAUGUGUUCCUUACUUUGAUUGUAGAGUGAUAACAAGUGUGUUUUUUAAAACAUUGUUUUUUUUUUAUUAAUAUAAAUCAGUUGUCACCUUUCAUAUAUAAAAUUUAAAUGAUUGAAGAUAUUUUACCGAAGAUUAAUGUACAACUAAAGAUUUCAUUCUAAUACUUUACACAUCCCAUUAAAAUACAGAACAUGUAUUUCUAUAAGAAGGUAUUUAUAAACUUUGAAUAAGCUAUGCAUUGUUAAUUAAAAUACAAAAUUUUUAUACCUCA